UACAACCGGAUACGUUUAAAACUAUUCUAAAGCUUCUCCGGUCAACUUGCCUUUCCCCGGGUGUGGCAAACUAGUGAUGCGGAGUUGUAGUGCUAGUGUUUCAAAUGUGUUUCGAAGAUUUAAUAACUCAAUAAAAAUGUUUUCAGUGCCAGUAAGAAGCAUUACGACGAGUGCAGUGUUUUUGGUUGGACUUUUUAGUCAAAUUAGUGGCCAAACGGAUUACUGUGAUCCUACGCUAUGUAAAAACAACCUAGUGCAUGUGGGAUGUGGCAAAAGCGAUAACUACGGUCCUUACUGUCCUGUCGAUCGACAGCUGGUGCCCAUCACGGAGGAGGUAAAGACCUUCAUCCUGGAUCUGCAUAACGUGUUCCGAGCGACUACCGCGCGUGGUGAGGUGAACAACUACGCAUCAGCCUCCCGCAUGCCAACGCUGAUCUGGGACGAAGAGCUCCAGAAGUUAGCGGAAUAUAACGUUAAAACCUGCAUCUACGGACACGAUUACUGUCGCAACACGAAGCUGUUCCCUCUGGUCGGACAAAACAUAGCUGCCAACUCGUUUUAUGGCAUGGAAGUGACGCCACUAGAUACGAUGACCGAGCUGCUGCACAGUUGGUACGGCGAGAACGAGAAUGCCAAUCAGGAUUACAUCGAUUCGUAUCCGCUACUCGGCCAAGAUCCACCAAAAGAUAUUGGACACUUUACGCAGAUUGUAAUGGACAAGGCAACAGCAGUCGGAUGCGCCAUGAUACAGUACACACAAAACGAGCAGGGACACGACUGGGUGCAUCAGAACUACGUCUGCAACUAUUCGAACUCGAUCGCACGCGGACAUCCGGUGUACGUGAAGGGUAAUCCGUGCGAGCUAUGCGUGACGGGUUGCAGCACCGCUUAUCCCGGACUCUGUAACAUUGGCGAGCCGGUGCAACCUACGGCAGCGUGGUGAAAGGGCGUUGUGUGUCCCGCAAAAACUAUAUUAAUGUAAUUUAUUCUACCAUAACCAGACCGUAAUCCUUGUCUUUCUGCUUCAUUCAUUUGCCACUGUACGUUCCCCGGGCAUGGACAAUGAUUAUUAAAUGUAACGAUCUACGAUACGAGCGCUAAAAAAUGA